AUGGCGCAAGAAACCGAGGAUGAGGCAGCGCUGGCGACGGGAGAGGAGGCGGAGUUGGCGGCGGCGCUAGAGGAGAGCGCGAGGCUGGAGGUCGGGGCGACGCGUGCGGCGGGGGAUCAGGCGCGAGUCGCCGAGGGCGUUUCGUCACCGGCGGCGGAGGCGCCGCCUGAGGGAGAGGAGGAGCCGCCGGACGACUUCAUCUGCCCGAUCACGACCGAGGUCAUGAGCGACCCGGUGAUGGCGGCCGACGGGCAUGCCUACGAGCGGUCGGCGAUCGAGCGCUGGCUCGCGACCAAGUCGACGAGCCCGAUGACGGGCGAGGAGCUCCAGCACACUUGCCUCGCCAAUCAUCACAUGCUCCGCCGAAUGAUUCGAGAGACGUCGAGCGACACCGGUGGCAGUGCCACCCAGGAGUGGUCGGGCGCUGGAGCUGUGUCGCCGGCGUGCGGCGGCCUGCCUCCGGAGGUGCCUCUGAGGAUAGUGGCACGGCACCCGCGGCGCUCCUGUGCUCGCGACGGCCCGCGCUGCGCGUCGGUCGCGACCUACGCGCCGGCGCUCAGCGCACCCAAGUCCAAUCUGGAGUUGAUCCAGAGGCUCCGUGGGGUCGAAAAGUCGACGCUGGGAGUCGCACUCGUCAAACCGUCGCAACACCACGCGGAGCGGUUUUUGGAGCCGUACGAAGAGGUCCCAGACGGGCGAACAUGCGGUUUUUCGACGACCACACGCGAUGUGGUAUCUGGUUUUUGCUAA